AUGGGGCUAAGGGUGAGACCCGGUGUUUCGAGGCUUACCGCACUCUGGGGAAAGUGUGAUUGGAACGUUGUUUACAUGGUCUUUCACAAUAAAUGUUUGUCCGAAUUUUAUUCACCGCUAUAGUGGACUCAGUCAGUGACGGUCGCUUUUAAGAUGGUCCUGUGAUGUGUGUCGUGGAAGAGUGUGUGAAAUGUUACCAUGGCGUUUGGCUCUGUGACCAGUGACGUGUGUAGACUGAGGAAAUGGCAGACCUCACAGCCGCCUCGGUUAUCAGAAAGCAGUUGUCAUGGCAACUGGACGUGUGGCGUUCAAGUAAUUACCGAUUUUAGUUACUGAUUCUUUACAGCAGUAUGACAAUAAAGGCAGGGAAAUAGCUUUGCUGGAACUAUUGAUAUUUAUACAAUAGUGUUACAAUGUGUAGUAAUUGGCAUCACGGCAUGGGUUACAAUCAACUAUGGAACAAGUCGGAACACCACGAGCAAAGCCAUCUAAUCACACAGCGCUAACGUUGCUAUCCACUGACAGAAUAGGCCUGUACAUGCUGUGAUGCCUGCUAGCUGACUCGCUCUGACAAUUCAUUAGAAGCACAGUUCAUUUGUCCUUCGCUAAAGAGUCAAGUUUAUUUUGGUUGUCAGAGUGGAAAAAAAUGUAUGUUUACAUUAAAUACAUCAGAGGCCCCAGCACCGAGAGAGAGGUCAAAUUCCUUCCUUUACUGAGAGAGGAAGGAUUCACUCACAGGCUAGUAUUCCAUACAGCUCAGUCUUGUGUACAUAGCGAUUCGAUUCUAUUACUGGUAUUCAUUGUAUGCAUCGGCAGUCAAGAUGAAGGUGAAACGUUUAUCUGUUGCUUGCUUGACUGAUGCGCAAACCCCUUGGAAGCUGAACGUAGGAAAUUGAUUUAACGUUAAACGUAAAAGGUGAAACUGAAACUCUUUUGUCAGAGGAUAGAAUAGAAUAAAAACAAAGGGAACUUGGGUUCAAAAGGUCAACGUAUCCUUUUCUUCUCCUUGCAGAAGCGGCGGAGGCGCAUCGACAGGAGUAUGAUCGGGGAGCCCACUAAUUUUGUCCACACAUCCCACGUGGGAUCAGGAGACAUCUUCAGUGGCAUGAACUCGGUAAGAGGAAGCAAUGUAAGCAGCGCAGAGGAAGCAAUGCAUAAUGGGAAUGUGAUGGGAUGUCAAUCAUUAGCCACCAAGAUGGGCAAAGUAUAGACCUAUACAUUAUGAUUUAAAGACUAUACAUUAUUACAUUUGCAUUUACAUUUUAGUCAUUUAGCAGACGCUCUUAUCCAGAGCGACUUACAGUUAGUGAAAAAAUUUUUUGUAUAUAUAUAUUUUUUUAUACUGGCCCCCCGUGGGAAUCGAACCCACAACCCUGGCGUUGCAAACGCCAUGCUCUACCAACUGAGCUACAUCCCUGCCGGCCAUUCCCUCCCCUACCUUGGACGACGCUGGGCCAAUUGUGCGCCGCCCAUGAGUCUCCCGGUCGCGGCCGGCUGCGACAGAGCCUGGAUUCGAACCAGGAUCUCUAGUGAUGCAGUGCCUUAGACCACUGCGCCACUCAGGAGUAUUAUGAUUUAAAGACUAUACAUUAUGAUUUUAAAGACUAUACAUUAUGAUUUAAAGACUAUACAUUAUGAUUUUAAAGACUAUACAUUAUGAUUUAAAGACUAUACAUUAUGAUUUUAAAGAUUAAACUAUUAUUAACUAUCCAUCUAUGGAAAGAUGAGACUCUCACGAACACGAUGGUGUUCUCCGUUGUGCUGUACGGCCCCCACAAGCCUCUUGGGACUCGUCUGAAGUCGGUACAACCGAUCUGCCAACUUCUGUCUGUAGCGUCCAAAAAGUUUGGGCUACACACUAACAUGACCCGUCUGUGGAAAGGUGAGACUGUCGAACACAUACAUGUUGGUUGUUUUGCUCUAGGACGCCCACAGGCCUCACAAGAAUCGUCUGAAGGUCCCCCGGUACCAGAUGAAAAAAUUUAUGGAAGUACAGUGCAUUCGGAAAGUAUUCAGACCCCUUGACUUUUCCCACAUUUUGUUACGUUACAGCCUUAUUCUAAAAUGGGUUAAAUAGUUUUUUUCCCCUUAUCAAUCUACACACACUCUUACCGAGUGUAGAUUGGUCCUCUGUAGCUCAGCUGGUAGAGCACGGCACUUGUAACGCCAAGGUAGUGGGUUCGAUCCCCGGGACCACCCAUACACAAAAAAAUGUAUGCACGCAUGACUGUAAGUCGCUUUGGAUAAAAGCGUCUGCUAAAUGGCAUAUUAUAUUAUACACACAAUACCCCAUAAUGACAAAGCAAAAACAGGUUUUUAGAAAUGUUUGCAAAUUUAUAAAAAAAGAAAAAACAUACCAUUUACUUAAGUAUUCAGACCCUUUUCACAGUAUUUUUUGAAGCACCUUUGGCAGUGAUUACAGCAUCGAGUCUUCUUGGGUAUGACGCUACAAGCUUGUAUUUGGGGAGUUUCUCCCAUUCUUCUCUGCAGAUCCUCUCAAGCUCUGUCAGGUUGGAUGGGAAGCGUCGCUGCACAGCUAUUUUCCGGUCUCUCCAGAGAUGUUCGAUCAGGUUCAAGUCCGGGCUCUGGCUGGGCCACUCAAGGACAUUCCGAGACCAAAAAUAAGGGGUUAUAUACAUGUAAAAAAAAAUAUCUCUGAUAUAGGACAGACACUUCAGAACAAACAGAUUUUUGGGGGGACUAUCUGUUGUUCCAUGUAGUGAAUCUGUGGGCUAAUAGCAGUAAGGCCAAAAAUAAUUGUUUUUAUACUUCAAGGGGUCUUAAAAUUCCAAAUGAAAUAGCUAAAUGGUCCUUGGUAUGACCUUCAUAAAACAAUUCCAUAUAGCUUAGUAGAACCCCCCCCCCCCCCACAGGGCUUCGACUGUUAUGGGUUAAAGACUAUACAUUAUGAUAUAAAGACUAUACAUUAUGAUUUAAAGACUAUACAUUAUGAUGUAAAGACUAUACAUUAUUAUUUAAAGACUAUACAUUAUGAUAUAAAGACUAUACAUUAUGAAUUAAAGACUAUACAUUAUGAUUUAAAGACUACAUUAUGAUAUAAAGACUAUACAUUAUGAUUUAAAGACUAUACAUUAUGAUUUAAAGACUAUACAUUAUGAUUUAAAGACUAUACAUUAUGAUAUAAAGACUAUACAUUAUGAUUUAAAGACUAUACAUUAUGAUUUAAAGACUAUACAUUAUGAUUUAAAGCCAUUAUGAUUUAAAGAAACUGUACAUUAUGAUAAAAACUAAUCCAUUAAUGAGUUAAAGACGAUACAUUGAGGAUAAUAGAAGACUAACAGUAUGAUAUAAAAGACGAACCAUUAAUUGGUAUAAAGACUAUACAUUAAUGAUAUAAGACAUACACAUUAUGGAUAUAAAGACUAUACAAGUAAUGAAUGGCAAGACUAUCACAUUAUGAUUUUAAAGACUAUACAUUAUGAUUAAAAGACUAUACAUUAUGAUAUAAAGACUAAUAACAGUAUGAUUUACAGACUAUACAUUAUGAUACUAAAGACUAUACAUUAUGAUUUAAAGACUAUUACAUUAUGAUUUAAAGACUAUACAUUAUGAUUUAAAAGACUAUAACAUUAUGAUUUAAAGACUAAUACAAUAUGAUUAAACAAGAACUAUACAUUAUGAUUUAACAUACAUUAAUGAUUUACAUGACCUAAACAUUAUGAAUUUAAAGACUACUACAUUAAUGAUAUAAAGACUAUACAUUAUGAUAUUGAAAGACUAGACAUUAUUGAUUUAAAGUACUAUACAUUCAUGAUAUAAUUAUUAUCUCCCCGAGUGGCGCAGUUGGUCUAAGGCACUGCAUCGCAGUGCUAGCUGUGCCACUAGAGAUCCUGGUUCGAAUCCAGGCUCUGUCGUAGCCGGCCGCGACCGGGAGACCCAUUGGGCGGCGCACAAUUGGCCCAGCGUCGUCCAGGGUAGGGGAGGGAAUGGCCGGCAGGGGAUGUAGCUCAGUUGGUAGAGCAUGGCGUUUGCAACGCCAGGGUUGUGGUUUCGAUAAAAUAAUGUAUGUGCUAACUGUAAGUCGCUCUGGAUAAGAGCGUCUGCUAAAUGACGUAAAUGUAAUAUAAAGACUAUACAUUAUGAUUUAAAGACUAUACAUUAUGAUAUAAAGACUAUACAUUAUGAUUUAAAGACUAUACAUUAUGAUUUAAAGACUGUACAUUAUGAUAAAAAACUAUACAUUAUGAUAUAAAGACUAUACAUUAUGAUUUAAAGACUAUACAUUAUGAUAUAAAGACUAUACAUUAUGAUAUAAAGACUAUACAUUAUUAUUUAAAGACUAUACAUUAUGAUAUAAAGACUUUACAUUAUGAUUUAAAGACUUUACAUUAUGAUUUAAAGACUAUACAUUAUGAUUUAAAGACUAUACAUUAUGAUUUAAAGACUAUACAUUAUGAUAUAAAGACUAUACAUUAUGAUUUAAAGACUAUACAUUAUGAUUUAAAGACUGUACAUUAUGAUAAAAAACUAUACAUUAUGAUAAAAAACUAUACAUUAUGAUUUAAAGACUAUACAUUAUGAUAUAAAGACUAUACAUUAUGAUAUAAAGACUAUACAUUAUUGUAUAAAGACUAUACAUUAUGAUAUAAAGACUAUACAUUAUGAUUUAAAGACUAUAUAUAUAGAUUAAAGACUGUACAAUUAUGAUAAAAACUAUACAUUAUGAUAUAAAGACUAUACAUUAUGAUUUAAAGACUAUAACAUUAUGAUAUAAAGACUAUACAUUAUGAUAUAAAGACUAUACAUUAUGAUUUAAAGACUGAUCAUUAUGAUUUAAAGACUGUACAUUAUGAUAAAAAAACUAUACAUUAUGAUAACAAACUAUACAUUAUGAUUUAAGGACUAAUAACAUUAUGAUAUAAAGACUAUACAUAUGAUAUAAAGACUAUCAUUAUGAUAUAAAGACUAUACAUUAUUGUAUAAAGACUAUACAUUAUGAUAUAAAGACUAUACAUUAUGAUAUAAAGACUAUACAUUAUGAUUUAAAGACUAUACAUUAUGAUUUAAAGACUAUACAUUAUGAUAUAAAGACUAUAACAUUAUGAUUUAAAGACUAUACAUUAUGAUUUUACAGACUAUACAUUAUGAUUUAAAGACUAUACAUUAUGAUAUAAAGACUAUACAUAUGAUAUAAAGACUAUAACAUUAUGAUUUAAAGACUAUACAUUAUGAUAUAAAGACUAUACAUUAUGAUUUAAAAGACUGUACAUUAUGAUUUAAAGACUGUACAUUAUGAUAAAACACUAUACAUUAUGAUAUAAAGACUAUCAUUAUGAUUUAAAGACUAUACCAUUAUGAUAUAAAGACUAUACAUUAUGAUAUAAAGACUAUACAUUAUUAUUUAAAGACUAUACCAUUAUGAUAUAAAGACUUUAACAUUAUGAUUUAAAGACUUUACAUUGAUUUAAAGACUAUCAUUAUGAUUUAAACUAUCUUAUGAUUUAAAGGACUAUACAUUAUGAUAUAAAGACUAUACAUUAUUUUAAAGACUUACAUAAGAUUAAGACAACUUUGAUUAAAGACUAUACAUUAGAUAUAAAGACUAUACAUUAGGAUUUAAAGACUAUACUUUUGAUUAACACUGUACAUUAUAAAAAAAAACUAUACUUUAAAUGAUAAAAGACUAUACAAUGAUUUAAAGACUAUACAUUAUGAUAAAAGACUAUACUUAUGAUAUAAGCUAUACAUUAUGAUUUAAGACUAUACAUUAGAUUAAGACUUUACUUAUGAUUUAAAGCUUACUUAUUUUUAAAGAUAUACUUUAAAUGUUUUAAAGACUAUACUUUAAAUGAUAUAAACUAUACAUUAUGAUUUAAAGCUACAUUAUGAUAUAAAGACUAUACAUUAUUAUUUAAAGACUUACAUUAUAUAUAAAGCAAAUACAUUAUGAUUUAAAGACUAUACAUUAUGUUUUAAAAGACUAUACAUUAUGAUAUAAAGACUAUAUACAUUAGUGAUUUAAAGACUUUUACUUAUGAUUUAAAGACGUACAUUAUGAUAAAAACUAUAACAUUAUGAUAUAAAGACUAUACAUUAUGAUUUAAAGACUGUCAUAUGAAUAACUAUACUUAUGAUAUAAAGACUAUACAUUAUGUUUAAAGACUAUACAUUAUGAUUAAAGACUGUACAUUAUGUAAAACUAUACAUAUGAUAUAAAGACUAUAUACAUUAUGAUUUAAAGACUAUACAUUAUGAUAUAAAGACUAUACAUUUUUAUUUAAAGACUACAUUAUGAUAUAAAGACUAUACAUUAUGAUUUAAAGACUAUACAUUAUUAUUUUAAAGACUAUACAUUAUGAUUUAAAGACUAUUCCCAAUGAGAAAAUAAGACCUACAGUAGAGAGCAGGGCUGUUGGGGUUGGCAGUAUCGCCAUACUCCUUAGUAUAGUGGCAAGGAAACAAAUCACGAAGCAGAUUUAACUUCUUUAGGAAAACAGCCCUGAUGUUGGAAAGAAACAUAAUUAGGUUGUCAUCCAGAGAUAUUUUCCAAGCUAUUGCACACAAUAUUUGACAUACAGCAGGUUUUUAAAAGGACCAAAGAGUUUGGUCUGCUUCGGGUUUUAAAAAAAUAUUGCGAUACUGGUAUGGUCCCGGCCUUAGUAGAGAAUGUGCCUGUGUUAGACAUAUCGGCGCAGCUUCUAGUUUCAGGAUGUGACUUUAAAUUGCAAGACUUAUAUAAAUCAAUGACCUGUGAGAGAAUUCAGAAUAGAUAGUUUUUUUUUUAAGGGAGAUCAAAUUCAGGAAGAUUACGCGUCAAGUCAGACCUUUUGCAUGUAGACGAAGGUUCUUUGAUCGGACCCUCAAGGUUUAUCAACUAUGCAUUAUUGAUCGUGACACGGCAUGGGACUGUGCCAAUGGUAUUUUAUAGGACCUUGGCUGCCAUAUCCUAGAGGCCGUCGAUACUGGUGACCUUUGGAGCUGAGCUGAACGCAGGCUAUUAGCCCAGGCACCAUAGAGAUAUACACUACAUGACCAAAAGUAUGUGGACACCUGCUUGACGAACAUCUCAUUCCAAAAUCAUGUGUACUAAUUUGGAGUUGGUCCCCCCUUUGCUGCUAUAACAGCCUCCACUCUUCUGGGAAGGCUUUCCACUAGAUGUUGGAACAUUGCUGCGGGGACUUGCUUCCAUUCAGCCACGAGCGUUAGUGAGGUCGAGCACUGAUGUUGAGCGAUUAGGCCUGGCUCGCAGUCGGCGUUCCAAUUCAUCCCAAAGGUGUUCGAUGAGGUUGAGGUCAGGGCUCUGUGCAGGCCAGUCGAGUUCUUCCACACCAAUCUCGACAAACCAUUUCUGUAUGGACCUCGCUUUGUGCACGGGGGCAUUGUCAUGCUGAAACAGGAAAUGGCAUUCCCCAAACUGUUGCCACAAAGUUGGAAGCACAGAAUCGUCUCGAAUGUCAUUGUAUGCUGUAGCGUUAAGAUUUCCCUUCACUGGAACUAAGGGGCCUGAACCAUGAAAAACAGUCCCAGAUCAUUAUUCCUCCUCCACCAAAUUUUACAGUUGGCACUAUGCAUUCGGGCAGGUAGCGUUCUCCUGACAUCCGCCAAACCCAGAUUGGUCUGUCGGGCUGCAAGAUGGCGAUGCAUGAUUCAUCACUCUAGAGAACACAUUUCCACUGCUCCAUUGUCCAAUGGCGGCAAGCUUUACACCAGUCCAGCCAACGCUUGGCGUUGCGCAUGGUGAUUUUAGGCUUGUGUGCGGCUGCUCGGCCAUGGAAACCCAUUUCAUGAAGCUCCGACGAACAGUUCUUGUGCUGACCUUGCUUCCAGAGGCAGUUCGGAACUCUGUAGUAAGUGUUGCAACCAAGGACAGACAAUUUUUACGCACUACACGCUUCAACACUUGGCGGUCCCGCUGUGUGAGCUUGUAUGGCCUACCACUUCGCGGCUGAGCCGUUGUUGCUCCUAGACAUUUCCACUUCACAAAAACAGCACUUACAAUUGACCGGGGAAGCUCUAGCAGGGCAUAAAUUUGACGAACUGACUUGUUGGGAAAGGUUUCAUCCUAUGACGGUGCUACGUUGAAAGUCACUGAGCUCUUCAGUAAGGCCAUUCUGCUGCCAAUGUUUGUCUAUGGAGAUUGCGUGGCUGUGUGCUCGAUUUUAUACACCUGUCAGCAACAGUUGUGGCUGAAAUGGUCAAAUCCACUAAUUUUAUAUAUAUAUAUAUAUAUAUAUUGCUCAAAAAAAUAAAGGGAAUACUUAAACAACACAAUGUAAGUCCAAGUCAAUCACACUUCUGUGAAAUCAAACUGUCCACUUAGGAAGCAACACUGAUUGACAAUAAAUGUCACAUGCUGUUGUGCAAAUGGAAUAGACAAUAGGUGGAAAUUAUAGGCAAUUAGCAAGACACCCCCAAUAAAGAAGUGGUUCUGCAGGUGGUGACCACAGACCACUUCUCAGUUCCUAUGCUUCCUGGCUGAUGUUUUGGUCACUUUUGAAUGCUGGCGGUGCUUUCACUCUAGUGGUAGCAUGAGACGGAGUCUACAACCCACACAAGUGGCUCAGGUAGUGCAGCUCAUCCAGGAUGGCACAUCAAUGCGAGCUGUGGCAAGAAGGUUUGCUGUGUCUGUCAGCGUAGUGUCCAGAGCAUGGAGGCGCUACCAGGAGACAGGCCAGUACAUCAGGAGACGUGGAGGAGGCCGUAGGAGGGCAACAACCCAGCAGCAGGACCGCUACCUCCGCCUUUGUGCAAGGAGGAGCAGGAGGAGCACUGCCAGAGCCCUGCAAAAUGACCUCCAGCAGGCCACAAAUGUGCAUGUGUCUGCUCAAACGGUCAGAAACAGACUCCAUGAGGGUGGUAUGAGGGCCCGACGUCCACAGGUGGGGGUUGUGCUUACAGCCCAACACCGUGCAGGACGUUUGGCAUUUGCCAGAGAACACCAAGAUUGGCAAAUUCGCCACUGGCGCCCUGUGCUCUUCACAGAUGAAAGCAGGUUCACACUGAGCACAUGUGACAGAUGUGACAGAGUCUGGAGACGCCGUGGAGAACGUUCUGCUGCCUGCAACAUCCUCCAGCAUGACCGGUUUGGCGGUGGGUCAGUCAUGGUGUGGGGUGGCAUUUCUUUGGGGGGCCGCACAGCCCUCCAUGUGCUCGCCAGAGGUAGCCUGACUACCAUUAGGUACCGAGAUGAGAUCCUCAGACCCCUUGUGAGACCAUAUGCUGUUGCGGUUGGCCCUGGGUUCCUCCUAAUGCAAGACAAUGCUAGAGCUCAUGUGGCUGAAGUGUGUCAGCAGUUCCUGCAAGAGGAAGGCAUUGACGCAAUGGACUGGCCCGCCCAUUCCCCAGACCUGAAUCCAAUUGAGCACAUCUGGGACAUCAUGUCUCGCUCCAUCCACCAACGCCACGUUGCACCACAGACUGUCCAGGAGUUGGCGGAUGCUUUAGUCCAGGUCUGGGAGGAGAUCCCUCAGGAGACCAUCCGCCACCUCAUCAGGAGCAUGCCCAGGCGUUGUAGGGAGGUCAUACAGGCACGUGGAGGCCACACACACUACUGAGCCUCAUUUUGACUUGUUUUAAGGACAUUACAUCAAAGUUGGAUCAGCCUGUAGUGUGGUUUCCACUUUAAUUUUGAGGGUGACUCCAAAUCCAGACCUCCAUGGGUUGAUAAAUUUGAUUUCCAUUGAUAAUUUUUGUGUGAUUUUGUUGUCAGCACAUUCAACUAUGUAAAGAAAAAAGUAUUUAAUAAGAUUAUUUCAUUCAUUCAGAUCUAGGAUGUGUUGUUUAAGUGUUCCCUUUAUUUUUUAGCAGAGUGUAUAUAUAUAUAUAUAUAUAUUCAUUCAGAUGGAGCUUGACCCAGACAAAUGAUUUAUCCCUUUCUUUCAUUAUUCCUACAUGAAACUUUAAUUCAAUGUCUUUUGAAUGAACCUGGAUUAUUUUUACGUUCCAAGAUGGAAGUACUAAUAUCAGACCUACAGCGGGGUCCUUGACUUCCUGUCAGACCUACAGCGGGGUCCUUGACUUCCUGUCAGACCUACAGCGGGGUCCUUGACUUCCUGUCAGACCUACAGCGGGGUCCUUGACUUCCUGUCAGACCUACAGCGGGGUCCUUGACUUCCUGUCAGACCUACAGCGGGGUCCUUGACUUCCUGUCAGAACUACAGCGGGGUCCUUGACUUCCUGUCAGACCUACAGCGGGGUCCUUGACUUCCUGUCAGAACUACAGCGGGGUCCUUGACUUCCUGUCAGACCUACAGCGGGGUCCUUGACUUCCUGUCAGAACUACAGCGGGGUCCUUGACUUCCUGUCAGAACUACAGCGGGGUCCUUGACUUCCUAUCAGAUAAAGAUGAGCAAUAAUGACUGUAUAAAAUAAAUAAUUCAAGUACUGAGCUAUAUUGUAUGCUGCCAAAGAAUUGGGAAAUGAUAUUAUUUUACACUAAUACUAGUGCUCAGAUAAGAGAUUUUCUUUACAAGUAAUACUAUUUCUUUCUCAAAAAGGUAGGGGCCAAAAUUGACACCCCUAAAGAUUCUUAUAAAUAAAGUAGUCAAAAGUUUAGUUUUUGAUCCCAAUUAAUACAUCAAGCUUGUGACUUUACAAACUUUUUAGAUGUGUUUUUAGUUUGUUUUGGUUGUUUCAGAUUAUCUUGUGCCUAAUAGAAAUGAAUGGUAAAUAAUGCAUUGUGUCAUUUUGGUGUCACUUUUAUUGUAAAUAAGAAUAGAAUAUCUUUCUAAACACUUCUACAUUAAUGUGGAUGCUACCAUGAUUACGGAUAAUCCUGAAUGAAUUGUGAAUAAUGAUGAGUGAGAAAGUUAGACACACAAAUAUCAUAACCCCAAGACAUGCUAACCUCUCACCAUUACCAAUAACAGGGGAGGUUAGCAUGUCUUGUGGGUAUGAAUCCAAAGUGUGCACAGUUCCUUAGUAAUUUCAUUUCACCUUUGACUCAAAGAAGUCUUCAACUAUAAGGUGUUUUUUUCAGCUCUCCUAGCUGUGCUGUUGAGGAACUAGAGCAAGAACACUGGUAGUUGAUUUGUUUGGAACACAACCCUGCAUCCCCGCCAUCACACAAUUACUGUUGUUUACGCAAUCCAAAAAUGGACCCAUUUUAUAAAUCGCAGUCUGGGUCAAGUGUGCAUCAUUUGAAAGCUUGUUCUAUUGCCAACAUGACUAGCUAAGUUCUAAAAUACGAUCUUACAGUGUUAGGCUUUCACAAGGCAAUUCAGAGAAACUGAUCAUAAUUUUGUUGCGCAUAGAAAGAAGUCACACGUGCAUUCAGGUGUGGGUUCCGAGGCGAAUUUUCUUCACAAUAGACAAACAGGCUCAUUCUGUUCAGAACAACCCAGGGUAUGAAGCCAUGUCAUCUUGUAACUGUACAUUAAACAUAGUGAUCAUAAACGCUGACACUGAAUAUGACAUGAGGUUUAUGAUAUGGAAAUGUGAAGUGCACAUUUGGACUCACGGGAGAAAGGUUAACUUCUUUAACCUUUGAUGGGAGAAAGAGACGAGAAAGUAGUCAAGACGACUAGCUUGAUUAAGUCUCCAUGUAUGUCUCAGUAGGUAAGGGUUUUUUAGUCUCCAAAUAUCCACUAUUUCUAAUGUCCAUAAUAUUUGUGAUCUCCUUAAGGGCACGGUGAUGAUAGUUUGUAGAGUGAUUUCCUUUACGGUCCAUUAAAGGUAUUUAACACUUAACAAUUUUAAUUUGUGCGUACAGCGCAGGCCUGCGCUCGCAGGACCGCGCUCGCAGGACCUGUCCUCCGCUCGCUCGACUCAAGUGUUUGCUCGCACAACUCAAGUGUUUGCUCGAACAAUGAUGUUUCAUCUCGCUCCCGUUCUAACCCUAUUGACGCAAUACCCACAUUCAUCUGCUAAAUGAUGUAAAUGUUAACACUGUGUUAUAGUCUCCCACCAUAAUGAUUUGAAUAUUUGUUGCCUGUAAAUUCAAUAGAUUGGUAUAACUAUUUUCAAACAAAGUGUGCAUCAUCCUGAUUUGGACGAUUAAAUGAGCCAAAUCUGUUUUUCGUCCCCUUUCAUAUUCAAAAGGGUCCCCCUUCCUUGUGGAUGAUUCCUGACUGUUUGCACAUUCGGAUUGACAUUUUUGUUAAUUAAUUAUCACACCUUUUGAGUUUAUUUUUCCAUGACAGAAAAUUAUUUCACCGCCCCAUUCCUUUUUCCACGUUUCAUGUAAAGGUGUAGAGUGAGUUUCCUGUAAACAGUAUACAGUACCAGUCAAAAGUUUGGACACACCUACUCAUUCAAGGGUUUCUCUUUAUUUUUACUAUUUUCUACAUUGCAGAAUAAUAGUGAAGACAUAAAAACUAUGAAAUAACACAUAUGGAAUCACGUAGUAACCAAAAAAGGGUUAAAUCAAAAUAGUUUUUAGAUUCUUCAAAGUAGCCACCCUUUGCCUUGAUGACCGAAUUUGAAAAUGAUCAAAUUUACGCGCGUAAAUGCAGUCUGCUCGCUCAAAGUCACACUCGCAAACUCUCAAGUUUAAUUUGUGCGUACAGCGCAGGCCUCCGCUCGCAGGACCUGUCCUCCACUCGCAGGACCUGUCCUCCGCUCGCUCGACUCAAGUGUUUAACUCGCACAAUGAUGUUUCAUCUCACUCCCGUUCUAACCCUAUUGACGCAAUACCCACAUUCAUCUAUUACCUUAAUUUGCCCAAAUAAGUGAGAAAUACAUUCUCUUUUUUGAUACCAGGCUGGGCUGUCCAGGUGGUGACUUAAAAUAAAAAAAAAUCGGCCUGUUCUUGCAAUGUCAAACAUUAAAGAAAAAAGUAGUUCUGAUUUGACUGAAAACAGCUUUAAAAAUACAGUGGGGUCCAAAAUGAUUGACACCAUUGAUAAUGAUGAGCAAUAAUGACUAUAUAAAAUAAAUAAUUCAAAAACUGAGCUAUGCUAAAACAAAUGGGUAAAUUUAUAUUGUUUUAUACGAAUACAAUUGCUCAGAGAAAGCAAUUUUGUUUAGCCCUUUACAUUCGUAACCUUAUAUGGGUUGAAAAUGGCAGAUUUGGGCACUGAUAGGUGCCUAAGUUGGAACGCAGCGGCUGUACAUUAACAUGCUAUAAAUGACGUCAGAGCUCAGGCGUUGCACUUCACAGCGCUGGAUGGGUUUUGACUGACAGCAGGUCUGAACCUGAGCCUUGCAUGGCGACAAGAAGUUGCCCCAAUCCCUCCCGCUAAUUGGGCGACUUCAGCAAAUGUUUUGUUGUCUUAGUGAGGCUUUAAAUUAAAAUGACUAUGCAUUUAGAAAAAUUAGACGUUGAGGAUUAUAAUAAAUACCGCUUUGAUGUCAUACAAGCAAGCCAAACACCCGUGAGUCCAAAUGUGCACUUCACAUUUCCAUAUCAUAAAACUCAUGUCAUAUUCAGUGUCAGCGUUUAUGAUCACUAUGUUUAAUGUACAGUUACAAGAUGACAUGGCUUCAUACCCUGGGUAAAAAAAUACACCAAAUUCUUCCUGAAUCUUCAACACAGGAAAGCUACCAAAAAUAAUUAGAAAAAACGUGUUACUAAAGGCGGAGUCAUCCAUGAUUCUCCGAAUGAUAUUUUAGAUAUUCACGAUGGCGCCGACAAACAUGGCAGCUCUGCUUCUAGCUCCUAAGCAACUUUGCAGUAUUAUGUUUUUUGUGUGUUAUUUCUUACAUUAUUAGCCCAGAACGUUUUUUGUGUUAUUACAUACUGCCGGAAAAGACUUUUGGAUAUCAUCGCGGCGGUAACUCACAAGCAUCACGACCAGGAAUACGACUUUCCUGAAUUGGAUCCUUUGUUCGUACCCCACAGGGCAAUUUAACUUAUCCCAGAGGCUGCUUCAAGACACCGCCAGCGGAGAAGAGGUAUUCGGCAUGGACUUCUAGUCUGACUCAGGAGCCAUGCACACCAUCCACCGCUUGCGAGUAUAUUACUCGCUAAUGUUCAGUCUCUGGACAAUAAAGUAGACGAGCUCAGGGCGAGGAUCUCCUUCCAGAGAGACAUCAGGGACUGUAACAUACUCUGUUUCACGGAAUCAUGGCUCUCUCCGUACAUCGCGCAGACAGGAAUAAAGAACUAUCCGGGAAGAAGAAAGGCGGUGGUGUAUAUUUCAUGAUUAACUACUCAUGGUGUGAUUGUGGUAACGUACAGAAACUCGAGUCCUUUUGUUCACCCGCCCUAGAAUACCUUACAAUCAAAUGCCGACCGUAUUACCGCCCAAGAGAAUUCUCUUCGGUUAUAGUCACAGCCGUGUAUAUUCCCCCUCAAGCCAAUACCACGACAUCCCUCAAGGAACUACACUGAGCUUUGUGCAAACUGGAAACCACAUAUCCUGUUUAUUGUAGCUGGGGAUUUUAACAAAUUUUAGCAAAUUUGAGGAAAACGCUACCGAAGUUCUAUCAACACAUUGACUGUAGUACUCGCGCUGCCAAAACGCUUGACCGCUGUUACUCCCCCUUCCAGGAUGCCUACAAGGCCCUCCCCCGCUGGUCUGACCAAUCGGAAUCCAUGCUUCAAGAUUGUUGUGAUCACGCGGACUGGGAUAUGUUCCGGGUAGCCUCUGAGAAUAACAUUGACGUAUACAUGGACACGGUGACUGAGUUUAUCAGGAAGUGUAUAGGGGAUGUUGUUCCCACUGUGACUAUUAAAAACCUACCCUAACCAGAAACCGUGGAUAGAUGGCAGCAUUCGCGCAAAACUGAAAGUGCAAACCACCGCUUUUAACCAUGGCAAGGUGACUGGGAAUAUGGUUGAAAACUAACAGUGUAGUUAUUCCCUCCGUACGGCAAUCAAACAGAGACAAAGUGGAGUCGCAAUUCAACGGCUCACACACAAAACGUAUGUGGCAGGGUCUACAGACAAUCACGGAUUACAAAGGGAAAACCAGCCACGUUGCGGACACCGACGUCUUGCUCCCGGACACCCUAAACACCUUCUUCGCCCGCUUUGAGUAUAACACAGUGCCACCGACGCGGGCAGCUCCCAAGGACUGUGGCUCUCGUUCUCCGUGGCCGACGUGAGUAAGACAUUUAAGCAUGUUAACCCUCGCAAGGCUGCUGGCCCAGACGGCAUCCCUAGCCGCGUCCUCAGAGCAGGCGCAGACCAGCUGGCUGGAGUGUUUAUGGACAUUCAAUCUCUCCCUAUCCCAGUCUGCUGUCCCCACUUGCUUCAAGAUGUCCACCAUUGUUCCUGUACCCAAGAAAGCAAAGGUGACUGAACUAAAUGACUAUCGCCCUGUAUCACUCACUUCUGUCAUCAUGAAGUGCUUUGAGAGGCUAGUUAAGAAUCAUAUCACCUCUACCUUACCUGACACCCUAGACCCACUUUAAUUUGCAUACCGCCCCAAUAGAUCCACAGACGAUGCUAUUGCCAUUGAACUGCACACUGCUCUAUCCCAUCUGGAUAAGGAAUACCUAUGUAAGAAUGCUGUUCAUUGACUAUAGCUCAGCCUUCAACACCAUAGUACCCUCCAAGCUCAUCAUUAAGCUCGGGGCCCUGCGUCUGAACCCCGCCCUGUGCAACUGGGUCCUGGACUUCCUGACGGGCCGCCCCCAGGUGGUGAAGGUAGGAAACAACACCUCCACUUCGCUGAUCCUCAACACGGGGGCCCCACAAGGGUGCGUGCUCAGCCCCCUCCUGUACUCCCUGUUCACCCAUGACUGCGUGGCCACGCACGCCUCCAACAAAUGCACAAAAAGAUCAAUACGAAGGCCAAAUUACAGAGGAAUAACUUUUUGAGGCUCUUAAAUCUUUACAGUCUGGAAAAACCCCAGGGCUGGAUGGCAUACCGGUAGAGGGAUAUCAAGCCUUUUUUUAUUUACUCAAAGCUCCAUUAUUAGCUUGUUUUAACUACUCCUAUAGAAAUGGUAGUCUGUCAGGUACUCAGCAGGAAGGUCUGAUUUCACUAUUAUUUAAACAAGACCCAGAUGGCAAAUAUAUAGACCCAGUCCAUCUAAAAAUACUGGAGGCCUCUUACACUUCAAUGUUGUGAUGCAAAAAUUAUAGCAAAAUGCAUAGCACUCAGAAUUAAAAAGGUUUUACAAGGUAUUGUUCAUCCUAAUCAGACAGGUUUUUUACGUGGACGAUACAUUGGAGAUAAUAUAUGACAACUACUAGAAAUAAUAGAACAAAAUGAAACGUCUUUGAAGCCAGGCCUGGUAUUCAUAGCGGAUUUUGAAAAGGCCUUUGAUAAAGUAAGACAGGAUUUAAAUACAGUUGAAGUCGGAAGUUUACAUACAUUUAGGUUGGAGUCAUCAUUGUUUAUAGAUUAUUUCACUUAUAAUUCAUUGUAUCACGAUUCCAGUGGGGUCAGAAGUUUACAGUGCCUUUAAACAGCUUGGAAAAUUCCAGAAAAUGACGUCAUGGCUUUAGAAGCGUCUGAUAGGCUAAUUGACAUCAUUUGAGUCAAUUGGAGGGGGACCUGUGGAUGUAUUUCAAGGACUACUUUCAAACUCAGUGUCUCUUUGCUUGACAUCAUGGGAACAUCAAAAGAAAUCAGCCAAGACCUCAAAAAAAAUUGUAGACCUCCACAAGUCUGGUUCAUCCUUUGGAGCAAUUUCCAAAUGCCUGAAGGUACCACGUUCAUCUGUACAAACAAUAGUACGCAAGUAUAAACACCAUGGGACCACGCAGCCGUCACACUGCUUAGGAAGGAGACGCGUUCUGUCUCCUAGAGAUGAACGUACUUUGGUGCGAAAAGUGCAAAUCAAUCCCAGAACAACAGCAAAGGACCUUGUGAAGAUGCUGGAGGAAACAGGUAAAUAAUGUAUCUAUAUCCACAGUAAAACGAGUCCUAUAUCGACAUAACCUGAAAGGCCGCUCAGCAAGGAAGAAGCCACUGCUCCAAAACCGCCAUAAAAAAGCCAGACUACGGUUUGCAACUGCACAUGAGGACAAAGAUCGUACUUUUUGGAGAAAUGUACUCUGGUCUGAUGAAACAAAAAUAGAACUGUUUGGCCAUAAUGACCAUCGUUAUGUUUGGAGGAAAAAUGGGUUUGCUUGCAAGCCGAAGAACACCAUCCCAACUGUUAAGCACGGGGGUGGCAGCAUCAUGCUGUGGGGGUGCUUUGCUGCAGGAGGGACUGGUGCACUUCACAAAAUAGAUGGCAUCAUGAGGAAGGAAAAUUAUGUGGAUAUAUUGAAGCAACAUCUCAAGACAUCAGUCAGGAAGUUAAAGCUUGGUCGCAAAUGGACAAUGACCCCAAGCAUACUUCCAAAGUUGUUGCAAAAUGGCUUAAGGACAACAAAGUCAAGGUAUUGGAGUAGCACAAAAGCCCUGACCUCAAUCCUAUAGAAAAUAAACAAACCUGACUCCGUUACACCAGCUCUGUCAGGAGGAAUGGGCCAAAAUUCACCCAACUUAUUGUGGGAAGCUUGUGGAAGGAUACCCAAAACGAUUGACCCAAGUUAAACAAUUUAAAGACAAUGCUACCAAAUACUAAUUGAGUGUAGGUAAACUUCUGACCCACUGGGAAUGUGAUGAAAGAAAUUAAAACUGAAAUAAAUCAUUCUCUCUACUAUUAUAACUGACCUAAGACAGGGAAUUUUUACUAGGAUUAAAUGUCAGGAAUUGUGAAAAACUGAGUUUAAAUGUAUUUGGCUAAGGUGUAUGUAAACUUCCGACUUCAACUGUAUAAAUACCUGUAUUUCUUCCAUUUCGGUGAGUCUCUUAAUCAAUGGGUAAAAUAAAUGUAUAGCAACCCCAGGUGUAAAAUAGUAAAUAGUGGCUACUUCUCAGAGUUUUGAACUCUCAAGAGGAGUUAAACAAGUGUGUCCGCUGUCACCAUAUUUAUGGCCAUCGAAAUGCUAGCUAUUCAAUUCGGGUCAAAUGACAACAUUUAGAAGAUUACAUAUCCAAGGCUUAAAACCAAAGGUAUCCAUGACUCAAGUUUUAUAUUAAGUCCACAAGCUAAAUCCCUGCAAUGUCUCAUUUGAAGAUCUAGUUACGUUCUUUGGCCUCCCUGGACUAAAACCUAAUUAUGAUAAGUGUACCAUGUUACGUAUUGGAUCUUUUUUAAAAGACAACUUUUACAUUACCCUGCAGUUUAGCUAUAAAACGGUCUGACUGUGAAGUAGAUAUCCUUGGUAUUCAUAUCACAAAAUAUAUAAAUGAGCUGGCCACAAUGAAUUUCAAUAGAAAACUAGUAAUAAAUAGACAAGAUCCUGCAACCAUGGAGAGGUAAAUACCUGUCUAUUUAUGGAAAUAUUACAACUCCUUAGUCAUAUCUGUUUACUCACUUACUUAUGGCACUUUCACUCCUGAUGAUUCGUUUUUCAAAUCAUAUGAGCAAAAAAUAUGUGCCUUUAUCUGGGAUGCUAAACCAGACGAUCUAUAUAAUGAAUAUCAACUGGGUGGGCUGAGAUGAUUAAAUAUGAAAGCACUUAAACCUGUCUCUAAAAGCUUCACUUAUACAAAAGUUUUACUCGAAACCAAAAUGGUUCUCAAGUAGAUUACUAAGAAAAGCUCAUCCCUUGUUUAAUAAUGGAUUUUUUUUGCCUUUGUGCACGUUGCCGUUUCUCAUUUUCGAUUAAUUGAAAAUUAAACCUUGUUCAAAGUAGCUCUCUUUUUCAAACAAGCAUCGCAGAGCAGGUUACAAUUUCAAUUUCAUCCCCCAGAAAAGAUCAAACAAUUAUUAUUGAACUCAAAUGUGCUGGUUGAUAAAAGACCUGUAUUUAUGGAAAAUAUGUUUGAGAAGUGUAUUCUGUUUUUAUAUUAUAUUGUACAUUGGAAUGGUAGUUAUGUCUUUCAUGGAGCUAUCAGAAUUGUAUGGGAAGGUCUUCUCAUUCCAAGAUGACAACCAAUUGAUUACAGCAUUACCGCAAAAAUGGAGGAGGCUGGUGGCAGCGGGAGGAGGUAGGGAACUGGUCUGUCUGUCCCAAUAUAAAGGAUCAAGGGAGGAGGUAGGGAACUGGUCUGUCUGCCCAAUAUAAAGGAUCAAAACUGGCGGAGGAAUAAACAUAGCAUAAAUAGGAAAGUAUACCAGUUUCAUUUGAGGACCAGGAUGUUGACAGCUGUGCCAUACAGAUUGCAAAAUAGCUGGGAAGAGAUUUUUUGAUGUACCGAUUCCAUGACACAGGGUGUAUGAGUUGAUAUAUAAAACAACGCAAUAUUCAUGACUUUGUGCUUUUCAGCUAACAUUAUUGUACAGAAUUCUUGCCACCAACAAUAUUUGGGGCAUACAACCAUCGCACCUCUGCAGAUUUUUUUGCGAGGAUACAGAAUCAAUAGGCCAUUUGUUCUGGUAGCCUGUUUCUGGUCUCAGGUUCAGGAAUGGCUGAAAAAGCAUAACAUUCAUCUAAAAUUGACCCUAAAAAUAGCAAACCCAGAUUUGUCCGUCAGACUACCAGAUGGUGAAGCGUCAUUCAUCACUCCCGAGAACGUGUUUCCACUGCUCCAGAGUCCAAUGGCGGCGAGCUUUACACCAGUCCAGACACUUGGCAUUGCGCAUGGUGAUCUUAGGCUUGUGUGCAGCUGCUCGGCCAUCAAAUCUCAUGAGGCUCUCGACGAACAGUUAUUGUGCUGACGUUGCUUCCGGAGUCAGUUUGAUACUCUGUAGUGAGUGUUGCAACCGUGGACAGACGAUUUUUACGCGCUACGCACUUCGGCGCUCGGCGGUCCCGUUCUCUUCUGUGAGCUUGUGUGGCCUACCACUUCGCGGCUGAGCCGUUGUUGCUCCUAGACGUUUCCACUUCACAAUAACAGCACUUACAGUUUACCGGGGCAGCUCUAGCAGAGCAUACAUUUGACGAACUGACUUGUUGGAAAGGUGGCUUCCUAUGACGGCGUGACAUUGAAAGUCAUGGAGCUCUUCAGUAAGGCCGUUCUACUGCCAAUGUUUGUCUAUGGAGAUUACAUGGCUGUGUGCUCAAUAUUUUACACCUGUCAGCAACAGGUGUGGCUGAAAUAGCCGAAUCCUCUAAUUUGAAGGGGUGUCCACAUACCUUUUGUGUAUAUAUAGUGUAUAAUGCACGUAGAAAUCCGAAGAGGGUUGCCAGCAGAGAUAGGUGGGAUGGGCUGAGGGUUGGGAUGGAGAGAUAGGUGGGAUGGGCUGAGGGUUGGGAUGGAGAGAUAGGUGGGAUGGGCUGAGGGUUGGGAUGGAGAGAUAGGUGGGAUGGGCUGAGGGUUGGGAUGGAGAGAUAGGUGGGAUGGGCUGAGGGUUGGGAUGGAGAGAUAGGUGGGAUGGGCUGAGGGUUGGGAUGGAGAGAUAGGUGGGAUGGGCUGAGGGUUGGGAUGGAGGAUAGGUGGGAUGGGCUGAGGGUUGGGAUGGAGAGAUAGGUGGGAUGGGCUGAGGGUUGGGAUGGAGAGAUAGGUGGGAUGGGCUGAGGGUUGGGAUGGAGAGAUAGGUGGGAUGGGCUGAGGGUUGGGAUGGAGAGAUAGGUGGGAUGGGCUGAGGGUUGGGAUGGAGAGAUAGGUGGGAUGGGCUGAGGGAAACUGAGGGUUGGGAUGUGGGAGUGGAGUUGCUGGGCGGGGGGUAGAAUGAUGGUCAAAGAUAAAAGUCAAAAAAUAAAGUAAAAAUAAACAAAACAAAACAAAAAAUACAUUUAACUGACACUAAAAAGGAACGUUGUUACAUCCAAUGCCUUUUUUGCCUGAGGCUGAUGCCACACAAGCGCUUGUACGCACACGGACACAUACACACAUGUAAAUAGUGCCACACAUACACACAAACUGCCGAUUGGGAGCUUGGGCCGGUGGCUGAGAGGUCGCUGGUUGGGGUCCCCGAUUCGACUGGGUGGGGGAUCUGUUCUUGUGCCCUUUGACGUGGCGCUUGACCCUGUUUGCUCCUGUGGGUCGCACAGUUGGUAGAGCAUGGCGCUUGCAACGGCAGGGUUGUGGGUUCGAUUCCCACAGGGGGCCAGAAAGAAAAAAUAAAUAAUAAUCUGCACUCACUAACUGUAAGUCGCUCUGGAUAAGAGCGUCUGCUAAAUGACUAAAAUGUAAAAUGUAAUGACUGAAUGUAAUGUAAAUGUUAGGGUUAAUAGAUUAAUGUGGGUAUUGCUUCCAUAGGGUUAGCAGGUUAAUAGGUGAAUGUGGGUAUUGCUUCCAUAGGGUUAGCAGGUUAAUAGGUGAAUGUGGGUAUUGCUUCAAUAUGGUUAGCAGUUGUCCAUCAUCUGGUCUUUAACAUAUACUGUUUAUUUCCUCCACAGGUGAACUCCAUUCAGAACCAAAUGCAGUCAAAGGGUGGAUACGGUGGAGAGGACAUGCCUUUGAAUGUGCAGCUGCAACUGGUGGACACAAAAGCCAUGAUACUGGAGGGAGGGUCUGCUUCACGUAAGGAGCUUACUGGAGGGCUGCUUCACGGUAAGGAGCUUAACAUGGAGGGGCUGCUUCACGGUAAGGAGCUUAACAUGGAGGGGCUGCUUCACGGUAAGGAGCUUAACAUGGAGGGGCUGCUUCACGGUAAGGAGCUUAACAUGGAACAUUGGCUCUGCUUUGAAUACCUGAAGGGGAUCAAUGAAUAACAUGUCUUAUUUAGAAGAAAAUUGUAAUAUUUGGCCUAAAUGAACGUAGAUGUUUGUAGUGUACUCUGGUAAUAUGCCAUGUAUGAGAGAUGUGUUGUAUUUUUAGGAAUAUGUCUCGAAAGACAGUCAUUUAACUUAUCUGAAGACUGUUUGGUUUCAGACAGUUGUUUAACCUUGCCUGUUUUGUCUUUCCUCUAGGUUCCUUCAUGUGGAUGUUUUUCAGUGAACGCUUCCCUCAUCCUCCCUCCCCCAUAUUGGACUAG